UCAAUCAAUCAAUCAAUCAGUCAGUCAAUCAAUCAAUCAACUACAUCGCCUUGGUCUUUUUUACCAGACGUUAUGUUUACACUGAGGACACUCGAACCAUGAACUCUUGACUUUUUGCUGACCUUCCUUUUAGUGACUGUAGUAUGAGGACUCUUCGUGUAGACAAACGCUGCUCUUAUACAUUACAUAAAGAGCCUUCAUUCUGUAGUCACCAAAACAACAUGUACAAAAACGUGAAGGGUUUAUUGUUUGAGUGUCCUCACUGUACGGUUUUUUUUCUCCAGGUUAGUGAUGUACUUAUUUACAUUUGGCUUCACCUUGGACCCUCAAGGAAGUAAAGUAAUGCUUAAACUAAGCCCUCAUCAGGAGCUAGGACCUUUAUCACAGCUACAGCUGUUACAAAGCAGUCUCCUCGAUAAAGGUAUCAUGGUGAAUGGAAACGCUAAACAGGAAAUUCCAGCGCCACAGCCGUGUUCUCUGCCACCUGACGCCGUCCGGUACGAAGCCGAAUGCCUACGGACAGAUUUUAAUCUUCGAAUAAAACAAGUUCUGUUUCAGUCACUUGUAUGCGCGUAUUAUGUUGGUUUUAUUCCAAUGAAGUUUUCAGAGCAACAUUACGUGUAUUACGACAUGUGGUGGGCUUGUCAACACACGCUGUUUGUAUGGCUGAGUUCUCUUCUAAUGCUUAUGAUGUUUCUGUUACCGCUCAACUACUGUGACGCCCUACACAAGUGUGCACUGCAUCUUGGGGGAUGGGAGAGAUAUCCAUGCGGGCACCGAGACACGCCACACGUAUGGUCAGCAUUAACAGUAUGGCCCCAGGGGGUCCUAGUACGACACGGUAAACUACUUUACAGAGCGCUUGGUAUCCACAAUGUAGCUAUCCCAGGAGACUCGCAUCAUGGGAGAUUUUUUUUCAUGUUUGAAUCUCCUUUGCGACUUAUUAACUGGAUGUCUGCAGUUCUCCUCUUACUCGUCCUAUAUCAACUCUUUAUGAUCACGCGGUCCCAUUCUUGGCACCAGCUCCUCUCGGUCACAGGGCUUCUGGCGUUUAACUACCUGAUACUCUACCGGCUUUUCCGGGAUCGCUGGGCACUCCAGGCAGUGGUGCGAGAGAGAACGGGAAGUUGAGCCCCUAAUUAUAGACCUGCUAUAUCGGUUUGAAGUGCGAGAAUUCGAUUAGUUAUAACGGAUGUGGUAUUCAGGCGUAGUGUGUCACAAUAUUUUCUCUCUUUAUACUUACAGUUACCAUUUCUUUCUAUCGCUAUAUGCUAAGCUAAUAUAUUGUUCUUCUUUCUACACAUUAUUCUUUUAUUUCGCUUUAUCGUUUUCCAGUUCUUUUUCCUUAGUUCGUGAGCUUAAGGGAGGUCUGCAUUUGAAUCUCUUUUCAACUGCUUUUGAACCAUUUCCUAACAUAGUUUCUCUGCGGUAAACAAGCUUAUGUUUUCGAGGAAUUCCGCAGCUUUGAAGGUUUAUUUAUUAUUUAUUAAAUAUCGUGGAUACAAAAAUGAUAAAAUGAUAUACAAGGAUACAGUAGAGCCUUCUUGUGAUAUUCAAUUAACUCUUCAAGAAAAAUAACAUUUAAAGUACCUGCUUCAAAGAAUGGCAGUGAACCUUGUUCGCUUUAAAAUAGUCUUGCCGCGAAAAACUGAGGGUGGGCAAGGAUUCAUCGGUUCCUUUGACGCACCUUAGACCACUGAUCUUGACCCAAAUCAUACCAAAGGAACGCACCCUUUAAUCGGUUGACGUAUUCUAAAUCGUCGUUUUGGUUCGGCGUGUUUUAAAUUGACGUCUGAUCUCUUCUCUUGUAGUCUUUGUUCUCCGCUAAAUUCUGGAUUUGACAGUGUUUUACGGCUUCUCGUUAUAGAAAAUUUAUCCCCAUCGCUUCUCCUUGAGCAACUGCCCACUUCUAUCCUAAAAUCAUUUUUUUCUUCCGAAAUGCAGCUCUUCUAGUUGAACUUGGCUGAUAGUUACCCCUCUGGUAGCAUUAUCAAUAUGCGAUGGAUUCUCCACAUUUCCUACAAAUUCGCAUAAUUUAAAAGCGAACUAAAAAGAUUUAUUUUGGGCAAUCAUUCGUCAUUUAACAGGUCUGCGUGUAAUUUGGAAUAUCGCGAACGAUAAGAAAUCGAACAUUUUGACGCAAGUGUUUUCAAACCAUAAGUUUCUUUUCAAAGCAAGAUAUGGCUAUCGCCUGCAAACGCACUCCGUUGUAGCUAGUCGCAUUCCAUCUGCAACUAUCGGCUCCAAAGUUAACUGUAGAACAAAGUUUGUUUUAAUGUCACAACUGGUAAUUUAUAGAAUAAAAAGGUAUUCAUCUGAGAGAA